AUGUCUGAGAUACCUGAAGGAAGCCAUAAUGAAUUUGACGACGACGAUGAUAACUUCUUAUACGGAUCGUUGGAAAAUGAACCAAUGAAAUCUAAUAUAUCGAACAUAGAGAACGAAGUGAAAAUUUCUACCAAGAUAAAAACUGAAGAGAUUGAAGACGACGAUCUCUUUGAUAUAUAUGGGGAAGAUUCAAACAAUGAUUCCAACAAUGUUAAUGAGAGUUUGAGACAAAUUGGAACAGAUACAACAGCAAUGUUAACAGAUACAACUACAAUGUUUGAAGAGAACUUAAGACAAAUUGGAACAGAUACAACUACAACAAAAAUUGAUGAUAAUGAAGACGAGGAAUUCGAGGAUGAUGAUAGUGAAUCCGAUAUAGAAAUUAUUAUGGAUUCAGUACCACAACCGAAACCAGCGGAUAAUGGCACUAGAAAUUCUCUUGUUAAUAUAAAACCUAAUUCUUUUAAUAAGCCGAUUGGACCACAACGAAAUGAAGGCGGACAAACGUCAUCAAGCCGAACUCCUGGAGUAGAUAUAAAUGCAAUUGGAAAUAUUGAUGGGACUAGCAUAUAUGAUGUUGAUUUAGAUUCUUUCGAAGAUAAACCUUGGAGAAAACCUGGUGCUGACAUCACGGACUAUUUUAAUUAUGGAUUCAACGAGUACACGUGGAAAGCUUAUUGCGCAAAACAAAAACAAAUGAGAGAGGAUCAGCAUUCCCGCAAGAAAAUCCAUGUAUAUGAAUCUAAACAAGAAGUAAACAAUUUACCACCAGAAUUACAAUCCAUAAGUCAACCACAAUCUGGAGGAGAUCAUCCAAGGUUUCAACAACAACGUGGACGAGGUCGUCGUGGAAGGGAUCAAGAUGAUUCAGUAAUUCAAGUGGUCUCUAGUGAAAGAGAAGCAGCCUUGGAAGAAUUAGAACCACUUCCUCAACCAACAAUUAUGGAUAAUCAUCAAAAUGACGAUUAUGGGAUGGAAUCAAGCUAUCCGCAAGAUUUUCAAGGUCACAGUCCACCAAUGGGAAUGGGAAUGUUUCCACCACCGGAAAUUCAAAUGGGACCUCUUCCUUCAUUUUUUAUGGGAAAUCCAGAAAUGCCACCAUCUGGACCAAUGGGAUUUGAUCCUUCAUAUCGAAAUAAUCAAGCAAUUCGUAAUAUGAACAAUAUAGGCAAUAUGGGUAAUAUGAUGCGUCCUAAUAUGCCUGGUAUGACAAAUCGUAUGCCACCUUCAAUGACUGGUAAUAUUCCUGGUGGAAUGACUAGCGGAAUGACAGGCGGAAUGCCUGGGAUGUCACGAGGAAUGCCUGGAGGAAUGGUCGGACGAGGUCGUGGUAUGACAAUGGAUGAGAGGCCAUUCUUCGGUAUGGAAGAUCAGCCUUGGGAAAUGGAAAAUCGUAAUACACAAAAUUUUCGUCCAGUAUUUCAAGGUCGACCGCCAACCGGACCAAUGCAUGGAACUGGAGUCAAUCGAACGGAAUAUAAUGAUUGGGAGCAUUCUCCUCCACCCGAUGCACCAUUUUCCCAUAGAAUGAGACCACCCUUUAGGCCCGGAGCACCACCAACUGGGCCUGCCGAUCAUCGUGGUCUUUCUGCAUCAGUAGAAAGUCCGGGUUCGAAUCAAGGUGAAGAGGAAAGAAGCGGAGACCGUAGUGCAUCAGGAAGUGUAGAGCGAUCGCAUCCAGGCGCAUAUGACCGAGAUAAUAGGGGUUAUCCUCGUUCACGCGAAGAGGAACGUUGGGACGGUUCACGAAAAAGAACAACUGGGGAAGCACCCCGUGAUGAUGAUGAAUUCCGAGCAAAACGAAGACAUUAA